AAACGUCCGGGAGCUAACUUAAUUUAACAGACAUCUAUAUUUUGGAAUUUGGAUUUUUAGCUCUCGUGAUUGUUCAAAAUAUUCAAUUUCACAAUAUUUUCUGUUCUAAAUUAUGUAUUUUCUUUACUUAUAAACAUUUUGAAUUUCAUUAAUUUACUUUAAAUUAUUUUUUCAAACUACAUUUACGUUUUACUAUUUAUAUAGUAGUUUACUACAAUUGAUGCAGAUUACCAAUGAUAUUAUGUCUUUGAAUGAAAAAAAUGCUUCAACACUUGAAUCUCAACAUGUCCAUGAUGUUUAUGAAAACAUAGCGUCACAUUUUAGUGAAACACGACAGAAACCUUGGCCAAAUGUUGUUAAGUUUUUAAAUAAAUCUAGGCCUGGUGCAAUUGUUUUGGAUGUCGGUUGCGGAAAUGCAAAAUAUUUUACCAAUACUACUGAUAUUUAUCAGUUAGGCUGUGACCGAAGUACUCAAUUAGCUCAAAUUUGUAAAAAUCGCAACCAUCAAGUGUUUAACUGUGAUUGUCUUCAAUUGCCAAUACGUUCAAAUUGUGUUGAUUUAUGUAUUAGUAUAGCCGUGCUUCAUCAUUUAGCCACAAGUGAUCGACGUUUAAAAGCUUUAAAGGAAAUCAACAGAGUACUAGCAGUUGGAGGCCAAGCACUUGUAUAUGUGUGGGCUAAAGAACAGUGUAGAAAUCAAAACCUUUCUACUUAUUUGAAACAGAGCAAGGUUAAUAAUAAACAUAAGCCAGAGUCAUUAGUCGAAUCAACUAAAGAGUUUUGUGUGGAAUCAAUUGACGUUAAUCUGCCAAUACAUACAAAUCGUUCAAAUUUCAUACAUAAUGACUUGCUAGUUCCAUGGAAGUUGAAUCAAAAGAAAGAACAAGAAAAAGAAUCUGAAACACAUCUUAGAUAUUAUCAUGUAUUUGAAGAAUGUGAAUUGAAAUUAUUAUGUGAACAAAUUAAUGAUUGUAAAGUGAUUGAUUAUUAUUAUGAUCAGGGUAACUGGUGUGUAAUAUUUGAAAAAAUUAAAAUUUAAGUACUUGUACAUUUUUAUCACGUCUUCUUAAUACACCAAUGAUCAGACAACAUUGAUCUACUUAUUUGUUGACAAAUAAAUAAUAAUUAUAAUUACUAUAAAGUUUAUUUAUUUUUAUUCUAGUAGGAGUAAUGUUGGUAUAUUUUCCAGGAUUUGUUUACCUACGACAUAACUAUAACAUAUUAUUAUAAUAUAAACAUUAUAAACUUAUUUUUGAAAACUGUAAUUAAAUGUAUAAUUAAUAUAAAAAUAAAUUGUAAAUUGUAAAUUAAAUGUAUUAUACUAGUGAACAAACAAUAGUAACAUUGCAUAAAGUGGGAUUAUGGUACAAAUUUUGAAUGUUGAGAAAUGUCGACUAAAUUUUUAAGUUAAACAUCUAAUUACUCAUAUAUUGUACUACUCACAUGAAAAUAAAAGUGACAUACAUUUGGUCUUGUGGGUAUCGUUAGUCAAAAUCUACUAUUGCUAAUUUUUUUUUAUUAAUUUGCAAUAGUUAUUAAUUGGUUUGUUAAUCAGAGUUGGAGAUGCCAUUUGUUGCCAAAAAUGUAUUUUCUCUAUUCAAAUAUAUAUAUUUUUGUUAAUAAAUAUAUAAUUUGUAAUAGUUUAUAUAUAAUCAAAAUAUGACAAGAGUUACACGAGAAAAGAAAUAACUUGGAGAUUACACUUUAAAUUUUUUUUAAUUAUAAGGAUUCAAGUCAAGAUAGUAUCUUUUUUAAACCUCUAGGAGAUUUCCAGGCAUUGAGCCAUUAUUAAUAACAUAAAUUAAAGGAUUUGGAUAAUUUAAAAUAAUAAUAGUUUUUAGUUUAAGGAAGACUGCAUUACUCUACAAUAAAAUCUCAUUUGUUCAAAGUUAUCAAAUUUAUUAAAAUUAUAUAACUAUUUAUGUUAAAAUCAAGUCUUGCAUUUUAUUUGUUAGUUAUAUAUAUAUAUACUUUAUUAAGAUACAAAAAAAGAAUUCAAAAAAUUUAUAAACUAAAUGAAGUUUUACUUGGUUUAAAGAUAAAAAAAAAAAAAAUUAAAUAUAAAUCAUAACAUUG